ACUAACUUUAUAACUAUAUAUUUUUUUAUUAUGUGUGAACCUCAUAUUUUUUCUACUAGUUUUUUUUUUUAAUAUUUUUUACAUAUUUAUGGUCUCAUUAUUUCUCUUUUAAAUUUAUUAUUCAGUAAAAUAAUAUAGCUAUUGUUUAAAAUAUUUUAUUUUUUUAAUUUCUGUAAAUAUUUAUGGUAGGAAUUCAACUUCUUUAAAGAAUGAAUAAAAGUUAUAGAAGGCUUUUCACAUGUUUUAGGUCGGAAGUCCGAAGUGACAAAACAUCAAGUGGAAGUGUGGGAGUAAUCGCGUUGAGGAAGUAAAACAAAGCAGAACACGUAUUCAAUACAUCCGCAUAAAGCGAUUGAUUUGUACUCUUAAAAAAAAAAACAGAAAUAAAAAGAGCGCGCUUCGGCAUCUCCGCCUUUUCGCCGACUUCUCCCUGUUCCUUUUCGCUGCUUCUCGUUAAUCUUACCCAUCGACAAUGUCGGCCAUCUCCAACUUCACCACGGUGCGAUGUGCCGAGUUGCCGGCGGUUUCUCACGAGAGAGCAUCAUCGUUUAGGUCUAAUUGGUUCGGACUUCAUUUGCCUACCAAGUCUGUCCAGAGUGAACUACUUCGGAUGUCAUGCUCAUCAGCUAGGGUUGGUAAUUGUUUGAAUCUUCAAAUGGCACUUGUGGAUGAGAGGAUUACACAGAAUGUAUAUGUGGGCAAGCAGUUUGGAACAUUGGCUUAUGAUCUUGUGCAGGGAGCUCUUGUCAGAUGGAACUCUAUUAUGGAUAAGUCAGUACCUGAACCGCCUACUGCAGUUUUGGUCCAUGGCAUUUUAGGUUGUCGAAAGAAUUGGGGAUCCUUUGCUCGCAGGUUGGCCAAAAGUUUCCCAAUGUGGCAGUUUCUACUAGUAGAUUUGCGAUGCCAUGGUGAGUCGGCAUCAGUUAAGAAAGGAUUGCCUCAUACUGUUGCUGCUGCUGCUCGCGAUGUUUUGAAUUUGGUUGCUCAGCUUCGAAUUGUACCUCGAGUUUUAGUUGGUCACAGCUUUGGGGGAAAAGUUGUAUUGAGCAUGGUGGAGCAAGCUGCAAAACCUCUAGCAAGACCUGUGAGGGUUUGGGUACUGGAUGCUACUCCAGGAAAAGUAAGACCUGGUGGACACGGGGAGGAUCACCCAGCAGAAUUGAUUUCUUUUCUCAAGAGAAUGCCUGAAAAGGUUCCGUCAAAGCAAUAUGUCAUGGAUGCCCUUGAGCAAGAAGGGUUCUCUAAAGAUGUGGCACAGUGGGUAGCAACUAAUCUCCAACGUAGCAGCUCGGUUAACUCAGAAUUAUCCUUUUCAUGGGCAUUUGAUCUUGAGGGAAUUGCUGAAAUGUAUCACUCUUUUGAAGAAACAAACUUAUGGAAAGUUGUCGAAGAUGUUCCUCAAGGUGUGCAUGUAAAUUUUCUGAAAGCUGAGAGGAGCUUGCAUAGGUGGGCUCUUGAGGAUAUUCAACGAAUUCAUGCUGCCGAGGAGGUUGCUGCUGACGAGGGAGCUGGUGUGCAAAUGCAUGUCCUUGAAGAUGCGGGACACUGGGUACAAGCUGAUAACCCAGAUGGACUCUUCAAAAUUCUUUCUUCGUCAUUUGAAGGAUUUAGAACCUAACUUGGGAAUACCCUUCAGUUUGUGAUGUUCUUUUUUUUUUUUUGCUGCUCACUUCAAUUUGCAGUUUUUAAGUUCACAGUUGCUCAUUAUGUGCAUAUAGCCUUGUAGAGAACUCUUUGAUUCAUGUAAUCUAAUAUAAUUAAUUCUCUUAACAUUGGUAAAAUAUCAGGCAUAAUGGUAGCAUAUAAAAUGCCUCUUAAAGUGCUUGAUAUUCUUGUCAAACUGAUCAAGAUUUUUUAGUGGAUGAAUAUAAUUGGUUUAGAUUCAUAUCCGUCAUCUUAAAUGUAAUACAUAGGGGAUGUUCUGGAGGAAAUGGUGAAAGUUUGGUCGACAUCAAGGGGAAAUCUCUGUGAAAACUUCCAGAAAAGUUGUAAAGGAUAAACACUAUUAUUUAAAGACUUAUUUUAAUCAAAUUAUUGUAAGUAUUACAUAAUGAUGUUUGCUACAUUUAAGGGCCGGUCAAUUAGAAAUGAUUUUUUAUGUAAGAAUAAUAUUGCACAAGUUUCCUUUAAACUAUCUGUGUGGAAACCAUAUAAUUAUAUUAGAUGAUGAAUUAUGGAAU